AUGAGCGCCGGGCAGACGUAUGAGAAGAAAAUUGCGAGUAUUUUGACCGAUCUUCCCGGAUCUAUGAGUUGCCACCCGAACUCCAAGGACUCUCCUACUCUCCCCGAGUCUUCCGUGACGGACAUGGGCUACUACAGUGGACAGACGGCCCACGGCCAUCAUGAAUAUUAUCAGGGUCAGGCGUACGGACAGCCCAUGAACUCUUACCAUCACCAGUUUAACCUGAACGGAAUGGGAGCUGCCGGAGCUUACACCACCAAAUCAGAAUAUCCCUAUACAAAUAGCUACAGACAGUACGGACAUUACAACAGAGAUCACCUCCAGGCCUCACCUCCGAGCUCAGUGAAAGAGGAGCCAGAGCCCGAGGUCCGCAUGGUGAAUGGAAAACCGAAAAAGAUCCGCAAGCCGAGGACGAUCUAUUCCAGCUACCAGCUCGCCGCUCUGCAGAGGCGCUUCCAGAAGGCACAAUACCUCGCUCUGCCCGAAAGAGCUGAGCUUGCUGCUCAGCUCGGCCUGACUCAGACUCAGGUCAAGAUCUGGUUCCAGAACCGGAGGUCCAAGUUCAAGAAGCUGUACAAGAACGGCGAGGUUCCCUUGGACCACAGUCCCAACGCCAGCGACUCCAUGGCCUGCAACUCCCCUCCCUCCCCAGCUGUGUGGGAGAACAGCACGCCUCAGAACACCCCGAUCAGCAGACCUCAGGUCCCGCAGCCGACGCACAGCUCGUCACCGCCAUACCUGGAGGAUUAUAACAACCACUGGUACCAGCAGGGAUCACACCUACAGCACCCGGGCACCGUGCAUCACCCAGUCCCGCAGCAAAGCGUGGGAGCUGUUUAUUGA